AUGUUAGUAGAGAAAGCUGGUAAAUUUGAUUUAAAAUCUUUCAACAUGCGUAAUUGGCCAAUAAUGCCAAGUAGAAUACAUAAAUAUGACUUUUCUGAUUCUGCAGUUAUUAAAGAUACAUUUAUUCAAUUGAUUAAUGAACAUCUAAAAUAUUCAACGACAAUGGAAGCAUCUACUACACCAAGUAUUAAUAUUACUGGAUCGAAUAAUGAUACUCAUCAUAGUAAAGAGGAUGACGACAAACAAAAUUUUUAUUCAAUACCACCAUCAUUUGAAAAUCAUCCAUUAGAAUAUUGGUUUGGUACUUCUAUAUAUACAAAUAUUUAUCCACGUAUGUCAUCAGAUCGUGUUUUAUCAGCAUGUGAUUUCAAACAGUGA